UGGUUGCAUUGCAAAAUGCCUGACCCUGCGAAAUCGGCUCCGGCCCCGAAGAAGGGCUCCAAGAAGGCGGUGACCAAGGCGCAGAAGAAGGACGGCAAGAAGCGCAAGCGCAGCCGCAAGGAGAGCUACUCGGUGUACGUGUACAAGGUGCUGAAGCAGGUGCACCCGGACACGGGCAUCUCGUCCAAGGCCAUGGGCAUCAUGAACUCGUUCGUCAACGACAUCUUCGAGCGCAUCGCGGGCGAGGCGUCGCGCCUGGCGCACUACAACAAGCGCUCGACCAUCACGUCCCGCGAGAUCCAGACGGCCGUGCGCCUGCUGCUGCCCGGCGAGCUGGCCAAGCACGCCGUGUCCGAGGGCACCAAGGCCGUCACCAAGUACACCAGCUCCAAGUAGAUUUGGUACGUAAGCGUCUUUACUUGCAUCCAACUCCAAA